AUGUUUCGACCCCCGACUACUAUUGAAAGCCUCCCCGACGAGCUCCUCCUCAAUAUUUGCGCCCAGUUCACAGACUUGAACCGAAACAGAGACUUGGCAAGCCUCGCACUUAUAUCGCAGAGAUGGCGUCCUAUCGCGCAGGAGUGGCUCCUCAAAGAGCCGCAGUUCAACCUAACGUAUAUAGACCAGUACAUAUGGGGCCUUGGGCAUCACCCGCAUCUCCAAGGCCAAGUGCGCAGUCUGGAGAUCUGGAGCAAGAGUGAGGACAGGAUACAGCGCGAUGAGUACGGCAGGUCUAUAAAAGUGUACAAGGCGAUCAAAGCACCUAAAAGAUUGCGGCGGCGCGAGGGCUUGAUGGAGAGAUGCGCCGCGGUCGUAGCCCACUUUGCACAGGGGAAAGAGCAGGAGGAUCAAUGGCUCGAUGCACUGCGUGACGAUGUCGUCCCCGCGCUCUUCGGCGUGCUACUUUGCAUCCUGCCGAACUUAGAGGAACUUAAGCUUGGUAGCGCGUGGCUUAUGGAUUUCCCACUAUUCAGCAUUAUACGAUCUAGGGAAGCUAUAGCGCGCUUCACCCUACCCAUAGAUUGGAAACACGACUUCCUUACCGGUGCGCUCACAGCUGUGCUACCACGCUUGCGGUAUCUAGAAGUGCCGACGGAUAUGACAUCGAUCUACUUCCCCUCCCGCAUAACGUCACUCUUUGACUUUCGGGCAUUUACUGGACUGAAAGAACUCGGUAUUACGAUGAAGGCGCUCAGUGGCUUUGGAAUCGCUAUGCGUGCGCCACCAGACCCGAAAGAUAUCUUUCCAGCAACACUGGAAGUGCUGCGAAUCAGCGAGGCGAGCGAUGCUACUGCAAACGUCCUUAAUGAGCUGUGUCUUGCGAAAAAGGCGUCGCAUUUCCCGUCGCUCCGUCGGGUUGAAGUAUACCACCUCGACAGCACCAAGUGGACGAAGACGACCGCUCGACUUAAUCACUCUCCUCACCCAAUCGAAGAUGUACGGGUCAUGUUCAAAGAUGCGGGCCUUGAAUUGUACUUGUAUUUUCCGCCCUGGGGAUUGCGAACGUGGGAGUCUGGCGGUACGCCCUGGAGAUUGAAAAAAGAACUGGAUGCAUUACGGCGGGCUGAAAGCUGGUGUUAUCUUAAGGGCAUGGGCGCUUUUGGCGUGGUCGAAGUUCAGUUCCCGUAUUUUGAGGCGGAGUGGGAUAGCGAUGGCGAUGCAGUCAUGAUUUAG